ACCUAAAGCAAAACAACCUCGCUACUGCUCCAGUGUUUGCAGUUAGCAACUCUUUUCCCUGCUCGACUGUCUGUUACGGUGUUCCCCAUACAAAGGCCAUUGGGUUUCAUUCACUUCAUCGUCUUCACACCCAAAUCUCAAAUCCACAAUCGUUUCAUUCUGAUGGCUUGUCUCAAAUUUAUUUUACUGAUUUUCACUCUCCAUUCAUUUAUGCCAACACCCAUCUCUUCAAACCCUUCACUAAGCAAAGAAGUCUUGCCUCGAAUCCGACCCGACUUCCUUGAAUUUGCCAAGAAACCAGAGAUCAUGGAUUGGAUGGUUGGUAUUAAAAGAAAAAUACACGAGAAUCCUGAACUCGGUUAUGAAGAGUUCCAGACUAGUAAGCUUAUAAGAGCUGAGCUUGAUCUGAUGGGGAUCCCUUACAAAUACCCAAUUGCUGUUACUGGUAUUGUUGGCUAUAUUGGUACUGGAAAGCCACCUUUUGUCGCGCUUAGAGCAGAUAUGGAUGCUCUUGCCAUGGAGGAACUGGUAGAGUGGGAACACAACAGUAAGGUUCCUGGAAAGAUGCAUGCUUGUGGACAUGAUGCUCAUGUUGCUAUGCUUCUUGGUGCUGCAAAGAUGCUUCAAGAACAUCGAAAUGAUUUGCAGGGAACAGUUGUUCUUAUCUUUCAACCGGCUGAAGAAGGAGGUGGGGGAGCCAAACAAAUGUUGGAUGCUGGAGAUUUAGAUGAUGUUGAUGCCAUCUUUGCACUCCAUGUAUCUAUCAGACACCCAAUUGGUGUUGUGGCAUCCCGUCCUGGCCCGCUUUUAGCUGCAUCCAGUUUCUUUGAGGCUGUAAUAAAUGGAAAGGGGGGACAUGCUGCUCUUCCUCAGCACACAGUAGACCCAAUUUUAGCAGCCUCCAAUGUGAUUGUUAGUUUGCAACAUCUAGUUUCACGCGAAGCUGAUCCCUUGCUUAAAGGAAACACAAACUUGUCGCAGGUUGUUAGCGUUGGAAAAUUCCAAGGCGGUGGAGCCUUUAACGUCAUUCCAGAUUCUGUGACCAUAGGUGGCACUUUUAGGGCAUUUUCGAAAGAAAGCUUUGCUCAACUCAAACAUAGGAUUGAGGAGGUUAUUACAAAGCAAGCAAGUGUGCAGAGAUGCAAUGCAAAAGUGACCUUCGAUGAAAAGUCCACUUACCCUGUGCUCUUCAACAACAAAGAGUUGCAUGAACGUUUCAGACAGGUUGCAGGGGAAAUGUUGGGUAUUCAGAAUGUUGUAGAAGCAGAAGUUGAGAUGGGAGGAGAGGACUUUGCAUUCUUUUCAGAGGCGAUUCCUGAACUUUUUUUCUUUCUCGGAAUGAAUAAUGAAACUCAGGGACCACCUCAACCGAGGAUAGAAAAGCAUUCCCCACACAUAAUAGACCAUUGA